UUAUUGACAAGUACUUCCUACACAUUUGGUGAACUGAUUCAAGUGAAAUAAUCACAUCAAUCAAGACGUACACCAUUUUGAGUCAUUGAGAAAUGAUCCACCAAGAAUUUCAGGUUGUUUAAGGGCAUGCACAGCGCUUAACAUAAUUCAGAUACAUGGAGACGAGGAAAUAUCUCGCCCAUGAUGUUGCAAUGCAAGAACAGCAACAAUGAAGCCUUUUCGCCUUUCAAAGUUUAUGACCACUCCACCAUCAAAUGAGAGAAAGCUUCUUAAAAAUUUAGAGGCGAUCAACGCUACCUCGGAGGAUUCCAAGAAAUCCCGGGUGAAACAUCAAAAGGUUAAGACGGGAUGCUAUACAUGCAAGUAUGCGAGGCUUAUCCCCAUAUUACAAUGUCGUACAUCGAAAAUACUAAAAUAACUUGAGCUGAUUACCGAAUUUCUAGAGCACGCCGAGUCAAAUGCGAUGUAUGUAAUAUCUUGUCGGCUGAUCAGUCGAAGCAUCUAACGGCAAUUCCACCACUCCCUGAGAAGGCGGAUGUUAACGAAUAUUAGGAAACAAAACCUUCUUGCAAACGGUGUAAGAAGACUGGAAUACAAUGUGAAGGGUACCCAUCAUACGUUGCCCAACGAUCCUCUCGAGAGCGCACCAAUCCAAUGGACUUGGUAGAAUUCCCUUCACAGUCACGACCAACGAUUUUUUAUAUACCAUGCGGCCCUAUACUAGGAAGCGAACAAGAUUCUCAAUAUUUUCGUUAUUUCUGCGAAACAUUCGCAGGCGAUAUCGGUAGAUUGUUCAACCGAUCAGUUUGGGAACGAUUGAUUCCCCAAGCAAGCGAAUCUGAGCCGUUCGUUGGGCAAGCUCUGGUUGCCCUUGGAGCCUUUAGUAAAGGGCGCACAACAAAUGGUAUAGAGGCGUCUUUACACCGUCAACAUGGCCUUGACCAGUAUGGUAAAGCUCUCGUCGGAAUGAGACAAGCUCUAAACGGAAGCCGUUACAAUGCUCGUAAAGCACUCAUUGCUUGUCUACUGGUGUAUUCGAUCGAAAGUAUACAGGGCCAUCUUGCCACAGCCGCUUCUCAUGCUGCUAGUGGAGAAAGCCUCCUUCAUGAAAUUAUGCUCGACCGAAAAAACAAGAGCCGUCAUCCCUUCAGCUGCCAGCAAGAUAGUACCAUUGACGAUGACCUCUGCAGGGCCUUCUCAGAUCUUGACCUUCAGGCCCUCUGCGUCAUUGAUCGUCGAUCAUCAAAGCUGCACAAGCAACGAACUCGUGAUUUAGAUCAUUUGCUGCUAUCGAUGCCUUUAUCAUUUUCAAAUAUCAAAGAAUGCCACGAUUGGUGGCAGAUUAUUUUGCGAAGAAAUUUCCAUUGGAUCGCAACGGCACGAAAAACUAUACUUGAGGAAAGGUCAAGGAAUGGCGAAAGCCCGAUAGUCGACUUGCCGGAUGAUGAAGGACUAGAUCUCAGAGAUGAGAACUGCUCAUGGACUUCUGUUGCAGUUAUACGCAGUACUAACCCGACCCUGAGAAAGGACUGUGCUACAUAUCUUGAUGACAUUGCGCGCUGGGAAAGUAUUGCAGCACCGUGGAUAGGGAAAGGAUUACGCGCUCCCGAAGAUUCCCGUGAAUUUUUGGCAGCAUGCCUUGCGAAAAUACAGGUGGCUAUGAUGAUGAUACAAGUAUCAAGUGUGUUUAUUGUCGAUGCCUCUGAAUGGGAUGACUACCUUGCGGAGUUUAAUACAAUCAUGACAUAUGUGAUGAAACUCCGCCGGCGUAUAAUCCAAGGAGAGGGGAAGUAUCAUUUUGACUUUGGGAUAAUACUUCCAAUGUUUAUGGUCGGAUCUCAUUGUCGGAAUAGACUACUAAGGAGUCAAGCGAUUGAUAUUCUCAAGGAAGCGAAAGGAUAUCGAGAAGGCAUUUGGGAUUCAGAUGCCUGCUCACGAGUAACCGGAUUCGCGCGAGAUGUAGAAGAGGAAUGGGCUAAUGAGAGUGGAUGGGUUCCUGCAGAGAGACGAUUUACUAUAACAGGAACAAAAGUCAUAGUUGAUAAGGAAAAAUCAUUGCACAUAAGUGGAUAUCAAAAGAAUGGGACUUUAAAAGGGAAAGGGGAUUUCAAAGAAGUAUAUAUAACGUGGUAAUUGAUUGCAUAUAGAAAUAGCAAUUGAUCCUCUUCAAGGCGUCGUACUCUUCAUCUGGCCUGAACCCGAAAGUGUUUGCUUCGCAUAGCAUGCCCUAUAGGCUUUUGGCACAACGGACAGACUUUCUGCAUGAGAAUCAUGUUGUGCCACUUUCCUUUACAUCCGCUGUAUACAGAGUACAAAUUCGAGCGUGUGGCCCAGCCUAGGCAACUAAUAUCAUAUGGACGAAAUGGGGAUCCUUGACACGGGGCGACAACGCAUGUGGCAACUUAAUUUGUGACAGCCGCGAGCGAUGCCAUGAUCAAUACUUCAGUAAAUAUUCCAAUCCAUGAACGUUACCUAGUGGGUAGAUAUGCAAGAAAGAGAUGAAGAG